CUUUCGGCUCCGUCUUCCAGGAAGGGAUUAUUAACCAGCACACUGCCGCGAUGUAACCCCCCCCCCCCCAACAGGGAAACAAAGAAGUUUCCAGCGCGGAGGACCGAAAGCUGCCGUGUUAUGGACCGACUGGCCACAUAAAGCCCCCCAAAACUUCUUGCUUACGAGGAACCAGCGCAAAGUCAGCGGGGGCGGGCGGGGGGGGGGUCGCGGGUGUUACUACGGUUUGUUUCACGGAGAGAGGGGGGGAAAAAAGGGGGGAAAGAAAAGAGCAAAAGUGGAAGAAGAGGAAGAAGGGGAGAACUUCACGGAAGACAUGUCCGAGUCCUCCUCCAUAACGACCCAGGAGAGGAGCCCUUUCAGUCCUUCCGCGAGCCCCCUGCCAAACUCCACUUCCUCCCCCGUCCAUGCCCCCGUGGCCAAGCCAGCCAGCCGAAUGGAGGACAAGCCUGCCAGGCUGCCGGCGCACCUGCGUUUGCAGCCGGUGUUCUGGAGCCGGGACGACGUGGCUCAGUGGCUGCGCUGGGCAGAGAGGGAGUUCGCCCUGCGGCCGAUCACCAGCGGCUCCUUCCAGAUGAACGGCAAAGCCCUGCUGCUCCUCACCAAGGAGGACUUCCGCUACCGCUCCCCACACUCCGGGGACGUCCUGUACGAGCUCCUGCAGCACACCCUGAAGCAGAGGAAGCCGCACGCCUCCUACCCGUCGGCCUACUUCCCCGGAAACUCCUUCCACUCCCUUCCAGAAACUUCCCUCCAGCACCUCAAACUUGAAGAAACGGUACGGCGGGCACCUUGUGGUACCGAGUCCCUCACCCAGCAUCCGCCAACCAUUGAACUGCGUCACCGCUCCCGCUCGCCCCACCACCCGCCACCCCAGCGGUCCUCCCCGGAACCCAACCACGUGCGCCCCGCCAACGAGGACCCCCACCUGGCCUCCUCCCAGCUGCCCGACAGCAACCACCACCUGCCCGAUGACAUGUAUCCUCUGUCGGUUUCGCCGGCGGCCCCCAACGGUCGCUGCACCACGCCGCGAGACAUCCCCUGCCCGGGCAGCCCCGGGGGCCAGGAGACCGUCCCUCCCCGCGUCAUCCAGCUGAUGCCCAGUGCCAUCAUGCACCCUCUGUUUCUGAGCCCCGGCCGUGGGGGCGGCGGCGCCACUGGGGAUUUCAGACCCAGUCGCGGGGGCCCGAAUCCACAGUCACCCUUCGAGAACGGGCGGGAAGGGAAAGUGCAUCUUCAUCACCCACUAGCGAUGUCCCAACAGCAGCAGCAGCAGCAGCAGCAGCAGCAACAGCAGCUUCUCAAACAGGAGGAGGCGCUCUAUAGGAACCACGUCAUCAUGCCCAUCUCCCCUCCGGAGGAGCAGGCCAUGCCCAUUGGACGGAUAGCAGACUGUAGGUUGCUGUGGGACUACGUCUACCAGCUCCUCUCAGACAGCCGGUACGAGAACUACAUCCGCUGGGAGGACCCCGAGAGCAAGAUCUUCCGCAUUAUGGACCCCAACGGCCUGGCCCGGCUCUGGGGCAACCACAAGAACAGGACCAACAUGACGUACGAAAAGAUGUCCCGAGCACUGAGACACUACUACAAACUGAACAUUAUCAGGAAAGAGCCUGGCCAAAGACUUCUGUUCAGGUUCAUGAAAACUCCCGACGAGAUCAUGAAUGGACAGACCGACAGGCUGGAGCAUCUGGAGUCCGACACGGAUGAACAAAUCUACAUCAAGGAGGAAUGCUGAGGAACUCUGGGAAAGCGAGUCCGUCCGCCGCGGACUCCCAAACAGCCGCCGAUGCCUUUCCAGAAGGAGCUCGAACAAUCAAUGUGAACUUUGAGCGCAAGGACGUUUAACCUCUCAAUUCCAAAUGGGGAGAGACGCUAAUCGUGAUCUCCCGCGAUCUGCCUUUAAGACUUUGAGAAAUUAUUUUUUUUCCCGCAAACUGUCAAACUUAUUUUUAUUUUCUCGAAUGGAGGGACUUGCGGAGGCGCCAUUUGGAUGUAUAGCUCUGUCAGGUUGUCGACAACACAUUCCCCCUCUCCCCGUCUUUGAAUGAACCGCAGCAAAAAUGAACCAAUUACUUUGUGCUUUUGUCACUUUUUGUUGAUUCCCCCCCCCCCCCUCCACAAAUGCAUUAUCCUAUGGAGCUUUUUCAUUUGUAAACCACGGGAGAAGGGUUGACAGGAAUGUUUUGAUCACGGAAUAAAACUUUUUGAUC